GGGGAGUUUAUGUGGUUUAGAGGUAGCGAGACAAUUUUGAAAAAGACAGAAUAUGAGAUGAUUGAUUACGAAGACUGAAUGAUGAGGAGCUUAUUGUGUAUAAGUGGUAGAGUUCGUGCCCAAGGCCAGCACGGCCAACACUGAUAUGAUCUACUAUAUUUUCCAGACACAGCUGAAGGUAAUCGACUUUCGGUUCAUUUAUCAUGAACUUAGCCUUUGGCACAUGGACAGACUGACCACCCUCUAUAGGGGACGGAUUGUGUAUCGGAGUCGGAGUCGGAGUCGGUGGCGGUGCGAGACGGACGGUGGGGGCCAGGUAGCGGUAGGUGGUGACAGCGAUAAAGUAGUGACAGGGAGAAGGAGACGCCUUCACUUAUUGAAUCGAUUGUAUUUCCACUAAAGGAUGGUGAAUGAAACGAGCAAACGAAGUCGUUCAUAGAAUAUAUAACCAUGGUCUUUUCGUCCUGUGUUUUCCAGAAGUGGAUCACUUCUUUUUGGCACAUUCUUCUUCCCACAGGUUUCCAUGCUUCCUCCGUGAUUCCUACCAUCUCAACCGCCUUGACUAGUGCUCUCCCCAUCCCAGACCUCGCCAUCGGUCCACAUCCCAGCGCUACGUGAACGACAUGGAGAACGACAUGGAGAACGACAUGGAGAACGACAUGGAGAACGACAUGGAGAACGACAUGAAGAACGACAUGGAGAACGACAUGGAGAACGACAUGGAGAUACCGAUCAUAAUGAAUAAGCACCCCUUUUCCCACCGACUACCGCAAAUCUACAGGCUGGAGUCGUCUCCAUUCGUCUGUCCAUCCAGGGGGUAUGCGGCAAACCUCGAAGCUGGAGGACCGCUUCCACCAACUCGGUCCUCCCCCUGCGUGCUGCUUCAAGCAGCACAUCGCUAA